AUGGCCGAUUCUUUCGUCACAGCCUCACAGCAUGAAUACACCCGUCGCGCUGAAGGCUACGACGCGGCCAGCGGUGGAUGGCAUGGCGAACUAGCCCGAGACUUUGUCAACUGGCUUCCACCAUCUCCCGGUUCUGCCGUUCUGGAUCUGGCUUGCGGCACCGGGCUGGUGACGCUCGCCUGGGCGGGCGCGGUCGGUCCUGGGGGCAUUGUAGUCGGGGUGGACGUCACCGAGGCCAUGCUCAACGAAGCCAAGAGAAAGCCUUAUCCCCAGGAUGGGCCGGAAGUGAAACUCGUCCUGGGGGAUGUGAUGGAUCUCGCUUCCAUCCAGGAAGUUGACGAUGUCGUACGCGAGCGGGGCGGCUUCGACAUCAUCUCUCUCUGCUCCGCGCUCGUGCUCCUGGAAGACCCCGGCCGGGCCAUCAAGCAUUGGGUGGCGCUGCUGAAACCGGGAUCGGGGCGUCUCAUCAUCGAUGGCCCGACGGAAGACCCUACGCUGAUGUACCUCCUGAGCCAUCCUCUGAGAAGGGCGAUCGGCAAGCCGAUCGUUUUCGAGGCGAACUGGACACGGAGUAUUCACUCGCUUGAGAAAUUGUACGCCGAUGCGGGCCUCGAGGUCGAACGCUCCAUCAAGACCAGGAGCUAUCUUCCCGAGAGGACAUACCGGGCCAACGAGUUGUGGGAGGCGUUUGAGAGUCCCAUGGCGGAGAAGGUGAGACGACUGGCAACAGAGAGUGGUAUGUUGGAGACCGCAAAGCAUGCCUGGGAACGGAUUUGGAGCGAGACCUUGAGGAAUGGAGAGUUAUGGGACGGGCACAGGUUAUAUGUAAGUAUUGGGAGGAGGGUAUCGUGA